UUGUACACAUGUGUCACAUUGUGGAUCGGUUUCGCGUUCGCGCCGCAGUGGUGUUUGCAACGCCCGCGAAGACGUACCCGUGCGCCUUCGCCCUUUGCGCCCGGCCGAGACCUUGCUCCGCACCUCGCCGCGAGUCCGACUCGUUAGAAAAGGUUUUAAAAUGGAACCUCAAAAGGGAUAUUCCCUGGAAAUGAGACCCCCUCCCUCACCACCUCCCCACUUUGGGCUUAAAAGGGGGGUUCAGGUCGAGCCCGUGUCAGUGUACACGGUCAGCAACUCGGCCCUGAUCCCCGUGGAGGCGGUGGAGACACCGUCGGAGGAGGCGUACGAUCCGUACGACAACCGCAAGGUUGAAUACCCGACCACCAACUUCGAGACGUGGGUGCACAUGCUCAAGGGCAGCCUCGGCACGGGGGUGCUGGCGAUGCCCAACGCCUUCAACAACGCCGGCCUCCUGGUCGGCACGCUCGGCACCAUCAUCAUCGGCUCCGUGUGCACCUACUGCCUCCACGUGCUGCUGCGCUGCCAGUACAUCCUGUGCCGGCGCGCGCGCGUGCCCAUCCUCAACUACCCCGACACGCUGCGCAUGGCCCUGGAGUCCGGCCCCGUGCCCCUGCGCCGUUUCUCUCCCUACGCCACGGCCCUGGUGGACACGUUCCUCGUGGUGUACCAACUGGGCAUAUGCUGCGUGUACAUCGUGUUCGUGGCGUCCAACGUGAAGCAGGUCAUGGACUACUGGGUGCAGCCCGUGCUCCUGGAGUACUACAUGCUGGCUCUGCUCUUGCCGCUCGUCCUGCUUAACUACAUUCGCAACCUCAAGUACCUGGCGCCGCUCUCUACGCUGGCCAACGGCGUCACCUUCGUCGGCUUCGGCAUCAUCCUCUACUACAUCUUCUCCGCGCUGCCCAGCCCCUCGGUGCGGCCGCUCACGCAGCCCGUGUCCUCCUUCCCGCUCUUCAUCGGCACCGUGCUGUUCGCGCUCGAGGCCGUCGGCGUGGUCAUCGCCCUGGAGAACAACAUGAAGACCCCGCGCUCGUUCCCCGGCCCCACCGGCGUGCUCAACAGGGCCAUGGUCGUCAUCGUCGCCCUGUACACCAUCAUGGGCUUCUUCGGCUACGUCCGCUACGGCGACAAGGCCAUGGGCUCCAUCACGCUCAACCUGCCGCCCGCAGACAUACUGGCCCAGAUAUGCAAGCUCAUCUUCUCGCUGGCCAUCUUCAUCACCUACGCGCUGCAGUGCUACGUGCCCCUGGACAUCCUCUGGGAGCAGCGCCUCAAGCGCCGCCUGGAGAAGAGCAACCACCUGCUGCUGUGGGAGUACGUCUUCCGGACGGCCAUCGUCAUCGGCACCUUCGUGCUGGCCGUGGCCGUGCCGCGCCUGGAGCUCUUCAUCUCGCUGUUCGGCGCGCUGUGCCUGGCCGCCCUCGGCCUGGUCUUCCCCGCCAUCAUCGACAUCUGCGUCCACUGGCCGCACAUGGGCCGCCACAACUGGCGGCUCGUCCGCGACCUCGUCAUCUUCGUGUUCGGCCUGGGCGCCCUCGUCGUCGGCAGCUACGUGGCGCUCAGGGACAUCAUCCUGUCCCUGCUGUAGGUGUAGUCGCGCCCCUGUUAGUAUACUCCAAACUGUGUAAAACACGUCGUGCAUGAGAAAAGACGACUCCACUCGUAGCUGUGUACACAGGCGCCUUUACGAAAUUUAGUGUGUAAAGUCUUGUAGAGAGAUGCAGCCGAUGCAGCCGUUUGCUUAGGACGGUUUUUUUUCACCAGGCAAUAAGUGGUGCACGUUCGCUGGUCGAAGUGCUGGUUUGUUACUCUGAGUAGUGGAAAUUCUGAUCGAUACGGCGGUUGGCUUUCAUUGCAUUAGUCUCUAAAUGUUAUUUGAAAUUCCAUGUAAUCUAGUUUAUCGUUCUUUCUUAGUGCUAAUACGUUUAGAGAAAAGUGUUGUCGUUUGAUUGGUUACACCGCCGUACAAAGUAUGUGAUUGUAGCAUAGUAUUAUUGUCCCACAUUUCAUCCCCGGGAAGGCACCGCUGUCUCCCCUUAGCGCUGUGGCUGUUGUGGGACAACAAGCGUGCCAUGGUCGCGCUGAUGAAAAUAGCAAGUAUUCCUCAUCGUGCACUUUUCAGCACUUUUCAGGCACGCUCUUGGCCGCCUAGUUGUAAAUCCAUUAAAUAUACAUACUGACUGAUGCGGGUUUUUGUUCUUAGGUCCUGUAGUAGUGUUGUCAUAAUAAUGUCUAGAUACGUUUAGAUUGUUUUAAAAGCGAAUAAAUGCAGUUAGAUUGCAUGACAUUGUGAUAUAAUGCUAAUGACAUAUUUUCUGUUGUGAUUGUGACUGGAAAUACAUUUCUACAAAAAAUAAUAAUAAGAGAGCUGGAA